CAGUCGAGCCGUAUUCUCUCAUUGCUUCUGCUCAUCUCCUCAAAAGCACGCGAGAUGACGGCGUAAGAUGCCAACACAACGACGCGGCCUGAGACGGCAACGGCAUCGACAUCGGCAUCAGCCAAACAGACGGGCCACUCUUGAAUAAGAGCGGCUCUAUCCCUUUCACCGCUUCCGCCGUCCUCCGCCAUGAGUUGGUGGCAGAAGAAGCUGCUCCGCUAUGGCCUGCGAUAUGGCUUGGCGCAGACCGGCUUGCUCGACGACUCCGCGAUCGAUCUCGACAACCUCGACAUCACCAUCGGCCGCCAGAAUGUGAUCGAGUUGAAAGACGUGGGCUUGAAUAUUGCGCGGAUCAGCCAGCUGGCGCAGUUGCCGCCUGCGCUGAGGCUCGAAACAGCACGGGUGUUGUUGCUGAAGUUGACAAUACCCGCCGAUGUCUUCCAGAGUAGCAUCAUUGUUGAAGUGAACGGCGUAGAGGUGGUUGCCGUACUGCAGGACGAUGUGUCCGAUCAUACGUCACAACAGAAACCAACUGGGGCAAGAGCGAGAAGCCCAGAAAGUGUGCGGACACCACAGCAUAGAAAGACGAACAGACGGAUACACUCGCCCCCGCCAUACGAUCCUGGGGGCCCAGAUCAGGAUGCGCGUUUGCCGAAUGUGCAGGACAUUGCAAGGUCCUUCUUGUUGGAAGAACCUCUCGAGGAGCGACAAGAUCUUGAGGCCAUGGCGUAUGGAUCUGGUGGUGUCGAGGAGUCGUUUACCAGUGAGAGCAGCUCAGGUGAGGCCGGAAUAGGAACUGGCGUUGGUGUGCCUGGAUUCUUGACAACAUUCCUACAGGGCAUCGUGGAAAGGUUUCAGCUGGUGGUCAAGGAUUUACAGGUCAGGAUCGAUGCAGAAGUACAAAGUGACUCUCUGCAGAGCAUGCCUGUCACAUUGCGGUUGCGGGUCGGCACCUCCACUGUUGCCAAGGUGGACCAGUCCGCGCCGGACAAGAAGCGUGAGAUCAGCUUAAGUGCUAUAUCUGUUGAUCUCUUGUCACAAGACGACGUGCUUGCAGAACUCGCAAGCAUGCCUUCAUGUGCCUCUGCGGCAGACAGAAGGUCAUCGACCCACAGCGCGAAGUCGGCUACCUCCUUCCCUAGCGCUGGAGAUUUGGCCGCGUCGACAGAUAAUCCUCGUCUCCACGGCGUGGGACUUACAUCCCCGGCCCAGAACAGGCGUAAGUCAUAUGAGAGCGAGCGGUCUGUUCAUGACAUGAUGCAAUCCGCUACGGGACCUACGCUACGAUCUGAAUCUCCUUUGUCACCUUUCAUGUCCAGUAGGGGAGCUUCUGCUUCAGUAACAGUGGACGACGACCUCGCUUAUAGAGACGAUGUCUACGGGUCCAGCCCGAAAGCACACGAGCUCGAUAUCCAGCCCGGCGACGACAACAUCAGUUGGGGCUCCAGGAGGAGCAAAGCUAGCGCACCGACCAAUGAUCUUUGGGGUUCCAUGAUGAGCGAGGACGACUUACCGGACUCACUAUUGAUUGCUCAGCCUGCUCUCAGCGCUUCCCCUCAUGCACAAUCUUCACGAGGCCAUAGUCCCUUCACCGCUCGGCAGAGACGUGCUGUAUCACCAUAUGAUCGCGGGAUUCCGAGUCCCAGAUCAUGGCCAGGACCAGAGGACAGCCCGCACGUGCAGCUGCGGCAAGGUCCCGGAUCAUGGCCAACAUUAGAUCUUGAACCCUCCAACACAGCCGAGCCACUCGAUCAGGUCCUAACAAUGGCCCCAGACGAAUCAACAGAUAAUAAACUCUUGGCAAUGGAGCAGGUCCGACCUGAGUCUCCCAUGCUGGAACCAGAAACCCCGCUUGAAAUGCAGGACUCAGUGGACGAGAGCAUGAUGGAGUCGCGCUUCUUUAGCCACGAAGAUGCGCAGAGUAUGUACAUGAGUGCCAUGACUGGAGCCCCUGCCAGUGCGACCACGAACAUACCUGGCAGUUCGGCCGUGAACACACCUGGCAGUCCGGCCGUGAAUACGCCUGGCAGUCCAGCCAUGAGUAUGCCUGGCAGUCCGACCAUGAACAUACCUGGCGGAUGGGGCUAUGAUACUCAGAACGUGGAAUCAACACCAUCAGAUGUCAUGGCUAAUCUACCAGAAGUACAAGGUGGUCAUACAGCACAGAUAGAUGGAGCGCUGCAGAGCAAGGAAUUCAGCUCUGGCAAUGCCACGCCAAGAGCGCAAACACCUGUGCAACCAUCAUUUGGGGGCAAAACCUACUCCCCGCCUGCUAUGUCAGCGGUGAGGGAGCUGCUACACAUCGAUCGAGUCACGGUUACCAUUCCCUGCGCACAGCCGACCGACACCACCGACGUGUCACCAAAGCCUACACAGACCAGCCAGAAUUUUCGAUCGAGUAGUCGAGCAAGGGGGAUGCCAGGUACAUUUUCAGCUUAUUCUGAAUUGAGCGCUUCACGAAGACGUGGAACAAACUCAGCACAUACCGACGUCAGCAGCGUCGUGUGGAGUCCGCAAGACGUUCUUAGCCGGUCAAAGCCUGAAAUUAUGCUGAACGUCACGGUUAGCACUGUGCUGGCUCAGGUGGAUGUCUCGACUGGCCAGCUAUUGUUCAAGGUCGCGAAAAAGCUCAGCGCUUCUCUUCCUGCGCAGCAGUCAAGCUGUUCGAAGCCAGCAACUAGUGAACCUGUUGAGAGUGCCCUCCCACAAACGUCACUGUACUUACAGCGUAUACAUAUAUCUCUUGCUGAGCAGAUCGACGCUCAUUACAACCUCGGAGACGGGCCAUGUCCACCUCGACCAGGCCUUGUCGACUUUGACUGUGAAAAUCUAGCUCUGGAGCUGGGCGUCAGCCCCACGAUACGCGCUGGUGCGAUGCAAGUUCUACUUGGUGGUCAGGACUUGCUGACAUUCGAUGUUGCAACCAGUACCAUGUCAGGAUCAAUUGCAUUUCCCGAGCAUGCUCCUGUCGUUGCGAUCGACAUCACCAAUCACAGACUUGUCGCCAGUGAGGAGCUAAUCACGGAGAUUGAUGUGCAGACUGCACCGAUCAGAUUUACUUUUGAUGUUGGCGUCUUCGAUGAGACCUUCGAUACUUUUGGGGGUCUCAGCGGCAUACUGGAACUAGGAAACUCCGUUUUUCUCGAUAGCGGCAUGAGCUCGCCUACAUCGUCCAGAGCCCCGAAAGGCGUGCGUUUCGCUGGCGCAGAAGAGCCUGCCAACAGUGGCACCGAAUUCAAAGUCAAUGCACGUAUCAGUGGUGUCACUGUAAAUCUGAGGAGUGUUCCUUGCUCGGCAAUAUUGCGAACAAGUACGAUCAAGGCUAUCUAUCGCGAGGGCCCCGAAGCCGGCAGCAAAGCCACAAUCUCACGCGUGGUCCUCAGUGGUCCUCACUAUGGAGCUCAUUCGCGGGAAACACCAUUGAUGAUAGAUCUCGCUACAAUUAGCGCUGAGUACCUACCGGCUCCGUGCGAGAAGGACCUUGAGCGGCUGAUAUCGUUACUGAUGCCUUCGCGGGACCAGUACGAUGACCGCGGGGACAUCUUGAUUGACACACUGGUGCGUCAACGUCGGAAUGGAGCACUUCUUAGAGCAGCGGUUGGAGAUGUAAAGGUCAGGUUGGAUAACUUUGAGUGCCUAACAGCUCUCGGUUCCCUUGCCAAUGAUCUUGCCAAGCUCUCUGCUGUCUCAAAAUAUCUUCCCGAAAAUGACAAGCCUGGUUUGCUCACGCUGCUUCGAAUCAGAGACGCCGAAGCUCGAAUGCCUGUGAACGAUCGCUUUGGCACACUGAUAUGUGCUCUGCAAGACUUGCAUCUUGCUCAUGUAGGCCUACCAGCGCUGCUGGCAUUUUCCAUUGGAGACAUUCUCGCCCAGCAGGAUGGAGGACCUGAGCUCAUUCGUACUCUGCUCCCUCUUGCUGGCGUAGACAAGCUUCCGGUCGUGAUGGCACGCACGAUUGGCAACGAGAUAGAUCCGACCGUGAAGGUCAAGGUUUUCAACGUCUGCUUGGAAUACAGUGUGCCUGUUGUCCUUGCCCUCACCAACAUGGACCGCCCCAUCGCGCCGGAGGAACUGGUGACCGGCAUCGCACAAUCCAUUGCCAACCUCACCAUGUUAGAGAAGUCUGCAAGACUGACUCGCAGUCCCGCUAGCGAUGCAUCAUGCACACCGGCCAAGAAGACCAACAUCAGUCUGUUGAUACACGACUCUGCAAUUGGCUUGACUCCACAGAAGCUCCAUUCGAAAGUCCUUGUGGUUCUGAAUGAUGCUCACGUAACAACAAGUGUACCGCCGGGCGAGACCAUGUCUGCCAAGCUUGAGCUGAGAAAGGCUGCCAUCUUCAUCACAGACCAUGUCCAGGAUGAUUCGAGUAUGGGACCCACGCCAAGCCAUGUCAAUACCAUGUUGCGUCUCAGUCACGCCCUCACGGAGAGAGGAUUUGUCUCGGUGGGCUCCAUCAUGUCUGCAGUGGUAGACUUCCGCGCGAAAGCGGCUAGUGACGAAUCUGCCACGAAGGUUAUUGAAGUCGACGUCAAGAACGAGCUCUUCCUGCUAGAGACGUGUGCAGACUCUACUCAGACACUAUUCGCAACUCUCGGCGCACUUGCUCCGCCAACGCCACCUAGUAAUGUGCCAAAGUACCUGACCCAACCAAUGCCGAUCGAAGAUAUGAUGGCGUCCUUCUCAGGCGAGCCAAUCCUACAGCCCGAGGAAAAGACGGAGACAUUGUUCGAUGUUGAGCACGACCCAGACGAUAUCGAUGAUGGAGGACUGCUUGGAGUGUCAACCUUUGAUGAUCCAGACGAAUUGCUUGCCGAAUCCGAGAUGAACUCGAGCCUCUAUGGACCAGUCAGUGGCCUGCUGGGUAUGGAAAUGGAUGCGGACGAAGAAGGCAAUAAUGUUGGCGACUAUCCAGAGACCGCUGAGAGCUUGCUUGAGGAAGACCCAUUUGAGAUGACACUGUCGCCGGAGGAUGCUUAUCUCGGCGAUGCAGCCCUUCUACGAGAUCUCAACAGACAAUCAAAGCCAGCUGUCAGAAGCACGCCUGUUGACCUUGGACUAUACGAGAUUGAAGAUCUUGGAUAUGAUGCACUCGGAAGUGGCCAGCAAGCCCUCGGGGGGCAGCAUCGCUUUAAUGCUCCAUUCGUUGGGAAACGCGGGCGAGGGAUCAACCAAGUGGCACAAGACAUACCUUUCCGACUGCGGCUGAGAGACAUGAACCUCAUCUGGCAUCUAUACGACGGAUAUGACUGGCAACGCACGCAAAAUGGUAUCGUCGACGCUGUCGAGCAGCUUGAGCAGCGUGCCGAAGAGCGGAAAGCUCGCCGACAGCACUCUCGCCAGGAUCCGGAGGACGACGAAUCGAUUAUCGGAGAUUUUUUAUUCAACUCGAUCUACAUCACGGUUCCUGCUGAUCUUGAUGCACAAGACAUCCGACGCCAGAUCAAUCGUGGCAUAGAUCACGACAUCAGUGAGACUGAGAGUGUGCCGGUUUCCGGCAUUUCCAGACCUACGACGACUUACUCUGCUUCGGGACUACCACGACAUAAACAGUCGCAACGAAGACGGCUCAAGCUUGGUCGAAGCCGGAGCCACAAGAUCGCUUUCGAGUUGAAGUCGGUCUCGGCGGACUUCGUUGUCUUUCCUCCCUCGAGUGGUGAAGUGGUGAGCUCUGUAGAUGUUCGUCUGAAAGACUUUGAGAUUUUCGACAAAGUGCCCACUUCUACCUGGAGGAAAUUUCUGACCCAUCUCCACACCGACACGGCUUCACGCGAGAUGUCCAAACCAAUGUUCCACAUCCAGCUCGACAAUGUGAAGACUUUGGAGAGUCAUUCCGCAUCUGAAAUUGUGCUGCAUGUUACAGUGCUGCCACUUCGGUUGCACGUCGACCAAGACGCACUGGAAUUCAUCACUCGCUUCUUCGAGUUCAACGAUCCUGAAUUGGUGCCCCAGGAAGAACCCGGUGAGAAGCCUUUCCUGCAACGCAUUGAAGUGGAUACUGUAGACCUGUGUCUCGACUACAAGCCCAAGACUGUCGACUAUGCGGGCCUUCGAUCUGGGCGCACGAAGGAAUUCAUGAACUUCGUCACUCUGGAGGGUUGCAAUAUUCGUCUCAAGCACGCUAUUAUCUAUGGUUUGCAGGGCUUUGAUCUUCUUCAUGACACGCUGAGUGACGUGUGGACGCCCGAUGUGAUACGCAACCAGCUCCCCAGAGUACUGUCGGGCCUCGCGCCUGUCAGGAGUCUGGUGAAUCUGGGCAUUGGCGUCCGAGAUGUCGUCGCCAUCCCAAUUCGCGAAUAUCAGAAGGACGGGCGUAUCGUCCGCAGCAUACAGAAAGGUGCAUUCCAAUUCGGCAAAACUACAGCCGGUGAGCUCGUACGACUUGGCGCCAAAGUUGCGCUUGGUACACAAACUAUGCUGUCAAAUGCAGAAGACUUCUUGGCGCCUGGGAAUACCUCUGCAGCCGGACGCACUCGUUUGUCGUCCUCUCCUGGAUGGCAAGAAGGAGGACAUGUCUCCGACGAGGACGAUCCCGAACGACAACGAGCAGUCUCGGCAUAUGCGAAUCAGCCACUCGGUGUUCUAUCCGGUUUGCGCUCAGCAAGACGACAUCUGGAGCAUGAUCUCUUGACCGCAAGAGAUGCGCUGAUUGCUGUCCAGGGCGAGGUCCUGGAAAGCAGAGGACCGGUUGAUGUUGCAGGAGCGGUGGUUAAGCAUGCUCCUACUGUUAUCCUCAGACCUGUCAUUGGUGCCACGAGAGCCGUGGGGACGGCGUUGCUGGGCGUUGGGAAUGCGGUCGACCGAGGGAAUCUGAGGAGAGUGGAGGACAAAUACAAGAGACGUUGAUACGCGCCUUGCUAGCCGUGCCAGUAGGCUAUCAACGCAGAGCUUAUGCAUGGGGAGGUGGCUCGAAUUUGAACAUGAUUGGGAGGUCGCGACAAGAGAGUAUUUCGAUAUGGAUUACAACAAGUCUCCUGUCUCGAAGCUAGGUAGAUUUCAGGCCAAGCGAUAAGCCCGCUGAGCAGUCCCACUCCACACUAAUGAUUUCUGCUGGUCGGUGAGAAGAGUGCCUUGAUAUAUGCAGGAUUCGAGCAGUCGGGAAACCACAUUUUUCCAUACCGGCCAUGAGCGCUCUCCCGCUGGCCCUCGCAGAUUACACACGGGCCAAUCACUCCCAAACAUGACUCUCUCCGGACCGAAUGCACUCAAUACUACGUCGACCCACGGCAUCAUGUAUCUCGCUAUGGCAUCGCAAUCCCCCCCUUUUAGAACAUGUUCCGGCAAUUCACUAAACGCCCCCGAAAGUUUCAUAUACGUAUUCGGACAUUUUGCCAUGCUCGUCACUGCAUUUU